GUGUUCCCACCAACAUGCAACAGUUUUCUCUACUCUUCAAACUAUUUCUAGCCACAGUUUUAUUAUCUGUAACUUAUCGCUUUGUAUGUGAUCGGUUAUAUUCAAAUCACAAAUCCGAUGUUAGUGGAUUUGUCGAUGAACGUUUCGAGAAAGUUCGAGAGGUUUUUAAAAAGAAUUUCGAAAAUGGAUGGGAAAUCGAAGGAUCAGCAUUCGCUGUAUUUGUUGAUGGAAAGAAAGUCGUCGAUUUAUGGGGUGGAUAUGCUGAUAAGCAGGCGGCAAGGAAGUGGGCUGAGGACACAAUAACAGUGACGUUCUCGACUACAAAAGCUGCCGCGUCAUUAGCAGUUGCACUGCUCUACGAGCAAGGAAAAUUGAGAUAUGAUGACCCAGUAUCCAAGUAUUGGCCAGGAUUUGGAACUCAUGGAAGAGAUAAUGUUACUAUAAAUAUGGCACUUUCUCAUAUGUCUGGAAUGGCAUGGUUUGACACUCCAAUCACUGAAGAAAUCGCCGCGGAUCAUGAAAAAAUGCGGCAAAUUAUUGAAGAAGAAGAGCCAAAAUGGGCUCCUGGAACAAAGACUGGUUAUCAUGCAUACACUUUUGGAUGGCUAGUUGAUCAAAUUGUUAGACAUACGGAUGAUCAAAAACGUGGAAUUGGACAGUUUUUUAGAGAAGAAAUUGCAACGAAAUUGGAUGUGGACUAUCACAUUGGCCUCCCAGUCUCAGAACAACAUCGUGUCGCCCGUAUCAGUACACCAAAUAUGCUCAAUCGUCUUGAUGAGAUGUGGACGGAUGUCCGUGUUGUCAAGUACAUGAAAUCAUUGUUCAAAUUGAUGACGGAUCAUCCACUCUCACACAUUGUCAAAAAUCCAUCAUGGCUUGAAGCAGUCUCCAGAUGUACGAUCAAUAAUCCAGAUUAUCAUCGAUUGGAGCAAGCUGCCGCACUUGGAAUGGGAAAUGCUCGUUCUCUUGCCUCACUUUUUGACAAGGUAAAUCGAGGAAAACUUCUCAAUCAGGCUACACUGAACACGAUAAGCAAACCGUUCGUCAACGAGAGUGAUUUCAUUUUUGAUGAUACUGUCGCCAAGGGACACGGAUUUUUCCAUUUGCCCAUUCAUAGAGCUGGGACUCAAUUCGGCUUCGGACAUACCGGGCACGGAUGCCAAAUGGUCAUCACAGAUCUCAAGAAUCGAGUGACAAUUGCCUACGUCACAAAUGGGUUGAAAACGGGACUCUACGACUUGUGCAGGACGUACUGGGGACUUCAGACUUCUGUAUAUGAUGUCAUCGAACAAAUUAAUAUUCAAUCAUAAUUUAUUUUAUUUCAUUUUUUAAUUAGUGAUUCCAUAUAGUUUUAAGAUAUAUCCCAAAUCAUCCCGCGUGUUCUUUGUACAGUCCGUUUUUAAUUCAUUCAUUCCAAGUGUCGUUCUCUCAAUGUUGAAGCUUCUUCCCCCGUAAUUAACUGACCGAGUGACCCCACAAAAUUGCAUAUUUAUCUGCUCUCUCUCGAUUUCCUUACUAAUAAACCAUCAGUUCACC